CGGAGCCGCACCGACUCACCCGCGAAACUUUGUCCGAAGUCGACGGGCGCGGACGUACGCCGCGUAUUAAUAGCCACCGUGGACGGCCACCGCAACACCCCACGCGAGUCGCAUCACGACCGAGCUCGCGGCAGCACGCACCACACGCACUUGCACCUUUGCGUAAACAGUUCAUCACUCGCGCUACACAAAAUCGAAAACGGACUCCAUAAAUACCUAGUCGAACGCGACCGCAUCGAAAGUGAGAGCUCCGUGCGUGCGUAAACACACGGCCGGCACCGAAAAAAAGUGCCGCAGUCAGUGAAACUAGUGAAAAGUUUUUCGCUGCGCGGGGGUGCCACCCCUCGGCGGCGUCGGAAAAAAACGGCCCCUCGCGUCCCUCGCACGCCGCCCGCCGAACUUUUCAUUCACAGGGGAAAAAAGUGUGGCAAGGCCGUCGUGACGUCACCGCGUCAAGUGGCCACGCGCUCGUUCCCUAGCAACGAGUCGUGUAGGAAGUGAGUGGAAGUGCGAGAUGGCAGUGCUCAGCGAAGGCGGCGCGUGCUCGCGGUGGCUGCCGGCGCGGCGGGACGCGUGACAUGUAGCCGCCGCGGGCCUGGACUAUAUGUGCAGCACGCAGCGAGCGCGCGUCGCGAGGAUGCACCUCACGGGCGCGAGCACCGGCACCGUGUCGCCCGACACCAGCUCCACGCUCCUCCACGAGACCUACACAAAGAUGACAUCCGACAUCCUGGCAGAGCGGACGCUGGGCGACUUCUUGUCCGAACACCCGGGGGAACUGGUUCGGACGGGCAGUCCCCACUUCGUGUGCACGGUGCUGCCUCCGCACUGGCGAUCGAACAAAACGUUGCCGGUCGCUUUUAAAGUGGUCGCCUUGGGAGAUGUGGGCGACGGGACUCUUGUGACAGUGCGAGCGGGCAACGACGAGAACUGCUGCGCGGAGUUGAGGAACAGCUCGGCGGUGAUGAAGAAUCAAGUGGCGAAAUUUAACGACUUGAGAUUCGUCGGCCGCAGCGGGCGCGGGAAAUCGUUCACGUUGACGAUAACGGUAUCAACGACGCCGCCGCAGGUGACAACGUACAACAAGGCCAUCAAGGUGACCGUCGACGGGCCAAGGGAACCUCGAUCCAAAACCAUGUUGUCUCUCCUAGGGCAGCAGCAGCAGUUCCACUUCGCAUUCGGCCAGCGUCCGUUCCCCUUCCCCCCGGACCCGCUGGGGGGGUUCCGGAUGCCACCCAUCACUACCUGCCAGAACAUGAGCCAAUUCGGCUUGAGUUCGAGCAACACGCAUUGGGGCUACGGUGGCGCGGGCGCAUAUCCCGCCUACUUGCCGUCGUGCGCUGCGCCGGCGGCCUCCCAGUUCAACCCCCCCACACUGGGUUUCACCGGCUCUGUACCGGACCAGACGCCUACGCAAGACUUCACUGCUAAUAAUACAGUUUUACCUGAUACGACGGGUGUGGACCUAGACCAGCAACUGUCCGGUCUAGUGGGCUCAUCGCCGUCGCACCACGGAAGUCUACUUCCCCGUUACAACAACAACGCAGACUACAGCCUCUCAACGGGACCUCGAUCAUUAAGCGACAACAGUUCACAACCGGAAUCACCUGUACAAGACGACCUUCUUAGUUCGAACACAACGACAAACAUUGGCCACAAUCACACCAACGCCGCCAACUUCCCAUCACUAAUGGGUUCGCAGAACUCUUCAUACAGCAGCAGUAACUGCAACAAUUCCCUCUACCCGGUACUACCAGCUAGUUUACUUUACAGCCAGCUGUACACCGCUGCAAACCAAACGCACAAUUUCCAUCCACUACAUUCGAAUUCGAUACACUCGACGCAGAACCAUCACAACGAAUUGCAAACUAUGAUGGAUCAGAUUUCGUCGACGACGAGCAACCAUAGGCAACAUGGAAGUCACGGGCAAGGGGAGUUGUUGCUUGGUGGUGGAAACUCUUGCGCAGCAGCUGCAGCUAGAGGUGAGGAUGGCAGAGUAAACAACCUUGGCCAAAGAGGAAAUCCUCAGCCUGAUAGUAACACAGUAUGGAGGCCGUAUUAAAAAAACUUUUUAUGAUUUAUUUAAAAAGAGAUGUGAGAACCUGCCAGUGCAUUCUGUAAGAACAAACUCACUUUACGCCGCGAAAUCUGCGGUAGAAUUUGAAAUUUGUAUUCUAAUUUCAAACACACGCGGAUUCCGAGGUGAAAAACGAGUUCGUUCUUACAGAAUAGUAUGGCUGGUAAAAACUUACAGAUAAAAUAUAAAUUUUAUUUUUUAAAUCGUCUUGUAUUCUUUAUAAAGUUAGGCUUAAAAUAGUGCAACGAAAUAGAUACCUUUCGGGUAUGAUGUUAUUGUAAUUAUUUUCGUGUAAAUUUUUAGAGUAAAUAAAUUUGAAAUUGUACGGGUAAUGUGAUGAUUAGUGAAAUUUAUAUAUGAUACGAUUAAAAAGUUCGUUCCCGUCCUAAAUAUAUACGAUUUCCAUUAACCUUGUGCGCUGCAGUCGUUUUUAAUUAUUCAACAUAUUAAUUUUCACUAUAAAACUAUUAAACAGCUCAUAGAAUAUGGUUGAUGACGGGGUGAAGUAAGGUAAUUUUAUUGAGUCCGUCAUAUCAUGAAAAAAAUUAAACGUAAUUUUUCAUAAGUCAACUAAAAAUACAGAGAUAAAGCACGUCAAAGUAUGGGCGUGGGAGCUUCGUCACUUCUAAGUAAAAAUUGUAUAAAGAAAGGUCAUCAUGCGACAUCUUAAAUCUAUAAGUCUCUGUAAUGUUUUAAUUAUGUGAAUAAAAAAAAUACGUAUCCGAUACUUUUUUAUGAGUUACCUGAAAGACCUAAAGAAAAUAUAACUAGAAAAAAUUCCACGCGGACCAGGCAGCAGACGGGACUCGAACCCGCACCCUUCGCAAUCCGGGCGAAUACACUGACCAAUUAUGCUACCGCGGCCCUCUCGGACCGCGUCGAAAUUCUUCUAGCCAUUCUUAAGCUGCAAGGCAGCGCCAUCUCUUCGCAUUAUAGGUAACCCACAAUGUCAAAUGAAUACUUUUACAAGUACCUGAAAGACGUUAAAAGAGAAGUUAGUCAUCAACCCUUUUACACCUAAUACUUAAUUUGCCUUCGAAAGUUAUUGUUAUUGUAACUUUUUUUUUAUAAAAGCCUGAAGAAUGACAGAAACAUGUUACAUAUUUUUGAACUGUACAAAAAUCCACACCACAAUGCAAUAGUUUUAUCUUAGAUAAUAGUUUCAUCGUUGAAAAUGUAAAUAAAUUUUGUGAAUAAGUUGUUGUAAAUGCAUCUUGUAAAGUGCAAUAGAUGUGCAAUCAAAAGUUGAGUAGAUUUAUAGGUAACAGAAAUAUGGAGAAAGAAAAUUGUCUGUUGAUCUGAGUUUGUGUUGAGUGUAAGCUUUGUAAUCCAUUUUAUCUGUAUAAUUAAUUAUUUCCUGUGCCUACCAUGUUUUACCCAUUGUCCAACUUGACGCGGAAAUAUUAUAGAUUUCCCAAAAAAAACUGCCUAAUAAUUUUGAGUUUAUUUAUCCACUCAGCCUUAAUUCGCUUUGACAGGAAUAAACGCAUUUUUUUCAAUGAUUUUCAAGAUUUUUUAACACUCUCGGUGUAACUAAGAAGAUAUGUAAUAUAUGUGAGUAUAUUAACUGUUGACAGUUUAUAAUAAGGCAUACACUAAUAUCGAUAUCAUGGGAGAUGUAAAUGUUGAUAUAAAACUAAAUAACGAAAUUACGAAUGCACAUAAAUACUCAAACAUGUUUGGACCUUACAUUGCCAAAACACAAAGAAUUACAUUUUCCAACAUCUUGAUAGUAAAAACAAGGAGAAAUGAAGGGGAUGGGUAUUCGUGGUAUACCGAGCGUUUGUUUGAAAGUUACAUUUCUGCUCGAACCCAGGGGGUAAAAAUUGGUGAACAAACUAGUUUAGAAUGUCUAGUUACAUUUGGCGUACCACAGGGAAGUGUGUUCAGCCCUGACCUUUUCCUCAUUUAUAUUAAUGACUUGUACAAUUAAUUAGUAAAAAAAUGAAAAAUUUAUACUGUUUCUGAUGACGCAGCUUUAUUAUUCCAUGGUAAGGAUUGGGACGAAACUAGGGCCGAAGCUCAGAGUGGGCUCCAAAUGGUUAGUAAUGGCUACAAAUAAAAAAAUUAACACCCGAUAUUUCUAAAACCAAGUACAUAACUUUUGGAAUAACAAAUAGAAACAUUACAGAUAAAAUAUUCCAAAUAUUGACGCACACCUGUAAUAAACUAUUAACAAGUAACUCACCAUGUGGGAUGUGUUAUACUAGAACGAGUAACUAAUUCUAAAUGUCUUAGUAUUAUCCCAGACCAUACAUAAACAUGGUUACCGCACAAACAAAAAGUAACAGAAAUACGCAGUAAACUCAUUUAUGUUUUCAGAAAUCUGCGUCAUGUUGCUGACACAAAAUUAAUGAAACCAAAUUACUAUGCUUUAUUACAAUCCAUAUUAUGCUACUGCAUUAGAACAUGGGGCGGUACUAUAAAAACACAUAUAAUCUAUAUUGAAAGAAGCCAGCGUGCAAUAUAUAAGGUUAUGACAUUUCAGCCCUAUAGAUAUCCAACAGCUCAACUAUAUGCUCAUUGUGAUGUUUUGUCAGUGCGGCAAUUACUUAUUUUGUAAACAAUUUAAGUACAACACAAAAAGUGAAUUAUAACAUAAAUCAAAUACAAACCCGCAGGAAAGAUAAAGUUUGUGCAACAUUUCCCAAAAAAACUUCUUUUGCAAACAAAUUCUAUUUUUGAGCCAUUUCCUAUAUAAUAAAAUCAAUAAAAUUCUUAAUUAGGUUUCACUUAACUCGUAUGAAUGUAAAUCUAAACUGACACUUAGCUAAAAACACAGUGUCACGAGAGUAUUGAAAACAUGUUCGCAAUAAAUAAAUGAGGUAAUUUAGGUUUUUUUUGUUUUUGGUUGCUGUGUAUAUUUUUAUGUCAAUAAAGCUUAUUAAUAUUAUAUUUAUGCAAAAUUACAACUUUUAGUACUUUUAAUCUCUGACUCAGACGGACGGGCGGAUAUGUCGUAGCAAUAAGAGUUCCUUCUUGACUACGGAACUCUUACAUGGAUACAAAUUAUGCAAUAGAUAUCGUAGUACACACAUUUUCCAGCAGACGUCGUAAAUGGAAUACAAACUUACGCUCAGCACUCAGAAAAGCAUGCCCAUUUGUAUAUAGCUCUGCCCACAGCUAUUUUAGCUAUUAUAAUGUCUCUUCUUUAAUUCGCUGUGUAAUUAAUUAUUUUUGUUAUAAAAAGUGCCAAAGAGUUUAUGUUAAUUCUAGUAAGUUAAGUACAUUUCGCAUAAGUUAUUAACGUUUAUGAAUUUAAGGCACUUAGAAAAGGCCUUGGUAUGUGAGAGCGGCAAAGAUUUAUGUAAAACCAGUUGGAAAUACAAACUCCAAGAUAUGAAAAUAUAAUUGUUUUGUUACUAAUGUUUAUAAUGACUUUCUUAUAAGUAGUGUAAUACAAAAAAAACUGAAUUCUUAAUUUCGAAUACUUUAAACGAUGUCAUUGAAUUAUUUAUAUUGUUUUGUAAUAAAUAUAAAAUUCAUUAGUGUUAUUGUUUAUUAUUAAAACAUCUCCAGUUGAGAUAAUAUAAGUAAUUAAUGUAAUUCAAUACAAUUAUUUGAGUUCUCUGUCAGAAGGUUAUUACGAAAUGUAAACCAUUUGUUGAAAAAUAAACUCAAAAAGUAACAAUAUUUACUUAUAUUUACCGAUUCAAAUGUGUGCAAUAAAACGAACAGUUUAAUAAUUUAUAUUGUAAAAAGCGUGAUUAAUUAUUAAUUUCUUUAUUAAUCAUUUAAUGUAAAUUGCAUAGCAGCCGAUGAUUUAAAUUUACUUUUCUCGUUGUAUUUCUGUUGACUACAAGUAGCGGAAGUGAUUUUACAUUAAAUAAAUUGUAUAAAAUAAUGA